AUGGAGAGUAAGAUAAUAUGGACUCUUCUAUAUUAUAUUUUCAUUUUCAAAGUUAGAAAAGUUUCUGGAUUUAACUUGGAUUCCAGCUCGCCCAUUAUAUACGAGGGACCGCUUCAGAGCAAGAUGUUUGGUUAUUCAUUGGCGACUCAUUCGUACAGUGGGAAACAAUGGUAGGAAUUAUAAUUAUUAUAGUUAAAUUGCCACAUAUUCUCUAACGUUGUGACCGCACUUUAUUUUUGUUUAUUUUUUCCUCGCCAUCUUCUGGCACGCUGCUUCCUUUUAAUUGGCUUUCCUUAAAUCAUUGGUGUGAAUCUUCAUCUCGGUACUACUACUACUCCUACUACUCAGUACGAAUCGAAUAUAAAAUACUUUUGACAUUGAAAUGAUGAAAAUGAAAUUCUUCUGCAGUUGAAAGUCAAACCAAUCAACCAAAGUAAAAUAGAAAGUGAAGUACACGUAACGUAACAUAAUUUCCACAUCAGCGUCGUUCUGAUUUCCUCCAGACUGAUUCACGCCACGGUGAUCCAAAAUGAAUGAAUAGUAUGAAUUAUAAAGUUGAAUGAAUGACAAACCUAACCAGUUUAAAAAAGAACCUGAAAAGACAUGAAUUCAGACUUGACUGCCCUUCGAGAUUCUUUCAGGUUCUUUUUCAGUUGUUUAGGUUGUUUAUUCUUUGAGAUUCAACCGCACGGAUCACAUUCACUUUCAUAUCUUCAUCCGCAGUUCACAAAUAUAAUUUAUUUCAUACAUUCUUAAGUCAGAUUGAAAAGUUUCUCGCCCUAUUUUAAGCAGGCGAUAUCGCUGAUAACAGAUUAAUUUUAAGAGUUGAACCAUGCUUUAAGUUCUUCGUUUUUGUGGGGUAAAUAUUCCCCACUCUGGUGUACUUCAACAGCAUUUUAAGUCACGUUGUUUUUUUCGAUUUCCUUAAACACUUCAAAGUAUAAUUUUCUUGAAGUACAACUGCUGGAAGCAAGGUUCGCGUUCGUGAUCAAUAAUCCGUUAAUCUCCAAAACUGAGUUAAUAAGGUCGCUAAUCCUAAGUCCUACUUUUUAAUGCUCUUAAAGGUGAAAAUAGAUGUAACAUUUACGGCGGAUGGUUUCACUUGCAUCUAACAGCUGUAAUGUUGAAGGGUCCACGAAUUCCGGAAGUCUUUAGAGAAAUACUCGCACAAUGUCGAGGCGUGAUUUUAGAGUGUCUCCUGACGACUGGGCAAAACAUAGAUAGAAUUAAAAGAACGUGAAAUUUUUGAAAGUCAACCCACGUAUCGGAAACAUCUUUUAUGUGGGUCUACAACCCUUUUCCGAUUUUUCCAGGUUCUCUUUUUUAAUCCCAAACUGAUGAAAGAGAUAGUAUUUUACCCAUAAACAGGAGGUUUUGGGUUCCUACUGUAAAUUUAUCCCGUCGACAACAGACAACGUCUCCUGAACGUAUCAUUUUUCCACCCAGACAGACGGAUGUUUAGAAACAACAACCGACCCAACGACAAUUUCCGCCAAAUACAUUGAAAACACUUUUUAGGCUAUCCAGAGUACUUUUAAAUCUCUAGAAAUGCAUUCUAAGCGGCGCUAUAAAAUUUGAACCUGUUCGGUCAUCCGAGGGGAACUUGAGUCUUUUCCAAAUUACAAGGGCUUCAGUAUUAUUUUCCCUAAAAUCUCAGAUACAAUUUAAUGUAUUAUGAAUGUGAGAAUUUUUCUGAUUCCUCUCUCCAGCACAUUCUUGAAUCCUAAAAUUUUUAGGUUUCCUUUUUUACGAAAAAUAUCCUAACAUGGGCAGUGAAAUGUGAAAAAUUAAACUUCAGAAAAUCGUAGGGAAUUUAUUAGAUAAGCUUCGAAAAUUGUACAUGAAUGGAAUGGUCAUCUAGAAAUUUUCAGCCCUCCUCAAGAAAUAGAAAAUUUUCCGAACAGAUAUUUUACAGAAAACAGUCGUUGGGUGUCCCUGGUGAAGUCUUCUCUUAACACAGCUGCUUUAUUUAUAGCAUAGCCAAAUCAUGUAUUGAAACCUAUUAUCAGUGUUUGCUGCACUGUUUUGUGUUCCAAGGAGUUUAAAUGUGUUAUAACGUAAUAUAGCCUGCGUGGCAGACACUCUUUACCGCCUGUAUAGAGCGUCUCUGAAUUAGUUCGCAGACUGGGGACUAUAUAAUUCGCCACUUUAGAAACGAGAAGGAAGUGGGCCGAGUUAGCUUUCGCAAAGACUUCUGGGACUGUCGCUAAAGACAGAAAAAGAAGUUGGCCAAUAGCUGACCGGCACGUCACCAGUAACGAACCAGGAACAAUUGCGGGACGCGUCUAGGUUCCAGUUCCAUUCUCGUCUCUAAAGUGGCGAAUACAAUGCGUGGGCCGGCUGCAACUAAGCUAAACGUGGUAUUAAACGUUUCCAUCUGGGAAUCGCGAAAGGUGAGGGUCACGCGCGAGCAGCGGGGGAAGUGAAGUAGUUAAGUACGUGGGUAGUUCAUUUGCGCGCGACCGUCGAGUCUCGCGAUUUCUAGAUGGAGCUAGGUAAUAACGUACAGGUUCUUGCUAUAUGUAGUUUUUUGUGUGUUUCCUUUUUUCGCAGGCUUUUGGUCGGUGCUCCUUCAAGUAAUGUAACGUCUUUGUCCAGUUCUGAGACGUUUGUUAAUUAUGGAGCAAUUUUCAAGUGUGAAUACAAACCUGGUUCUAAGGAAUGUACAGAAAUUCUGUUGGACAAUCAACGUAAGUCGGCAUUCUGAAAAAUGGGGUAUAUCGUGCAACGGAAAUGUUGUAAUACUUCUAUUAAUAAUUAGAUCUAUUUGUUAAUGAAACACAGACAAACAAACCCUCCCACCCGAAAAAAGCAAAAAAACAAACAAAAACAAAAAAAGACACAGUGAAGUAGGUAAUGAAUGAUCAUAUUGCUAGGCUGCUGGUAUCAAGUGUUGUCAAGAGACUGAGGAUAAUCUCUCAGAUCUCUUGGAGUCUUCACUAGCAGUGAAAUCACGGGAGAAAGAUUUUUCGAUCUCGGUGUUGCGCCGUUCAUUUUCGCGGCGAAUUCUUCGGGCGCUCCAACAAAACUGCUAGAAUCCUUCACCACGCCCCUUCACCACGCCACAAUGUGCAACACGUCUGGGAAUAAGAUCUGAAAUGUGAGUCUCGCGCAACACUAGGCAUUGAAAGUGAUUAAUAGGCAACUCGUGUAGCGUGAGGAGAAAGGUUCGGCCCGCUCCUGUACAUGUGAGCCAAGAUUAGUUCUAGAAUUGUUUCUUUUAACAAUCAAGGUUUAUCAAAGUCGCGUGGUAGGUAUUUGAUCUUACACCAGCCUUUUCUUGUUACAGCUUUAAAAACGGAAGAGCUAACGUUGUCAAAUAGAACUAUCGAAGUCGAAACAGAAGUGAAAACCAACCAAUGGCUUGGAGCAACCUUGUACAGCACUGGAGAGAAUGGGAGAGUAGUGGUAAGUUAUUUUUUGCAUCACCGUCUGGUGGAUAGUUCUUCUUGCCAGUCUCAAGAUUUCACUUGAGCGGAAUUUGCCUCGGAUCCCAAUGUCCGAGCGGAGACGAGCGCCUCCCUCCCGGAACGAAAAAUCGAGAAAAAGUUUCAAUAUUCUUUCCCCGAUUUUUCCUCGCCCAUGCUUUUUCUUACGUUCGAUCGUCUAAAUUUUGGGUAGCCUGUCUGCAAGCGUAAAAAGGGGCAGGGUAAGGAGGUAAAAAGGGAAGGGGAUUAUUCAAAGGAAGCUGCUUGAUCGAGAGGGCAUCUAUUAUGUUCCUCUCUGAUGGACUGAAACCUUGCUAAGUUUUCUUUUUCUGCAAGCAUGCACCUACGAAGAUUUAGAUAACUGGAGCAGCCUAACUAUUCGCCACAAUGAUACCAUGCACCAUUUGGUCAAAAGAGGGAUAUCGCUAUUCAGCGGAUAAAUCACUCCCCAUUGGAUAUGUGUUAGGGAACCAAUUGCUUGGAUAGUGAUGUAUCCUCUUUAUCUCCAGUGUAUAAAAGUGUGCCUUGCAAUAUCAUUACUAUUUGAGAUGAUGUAUAAGUGAAAUUUUCGUUAGCUAGUCCUAUUCGUUAGCUAGACCAGUAAAAGACAAUGUUAAUUGUCCAUUGUCCAUAAUUGCUCAUUGCGAGGUUGCGCCUGAGUUUUGUCGCAUUGCAUUAUGGGACUGGUUUCGGGAAGAAGUUCGACCCAGUUUCCCAUUCAAAACUCGUUAUAGCUAAUGAAGGAAGAGAUAGCAUCCUAUAAGAGAGUGAACGAAUAUAAGUCUGUAAACGCAUACAGAUCUGUGCUUUUACAGCUUUCAUCCACACGUGAACAAUAUUAUUCCGUUUGCUAAGUUAUCCAAAGACACUGGGCAGUGACUGGGGACCGUUUGCGAUAAUGAUUUUACCAUCGUUUACAUGUGGUUGGCGAAGAAUGAGAAGGAACAAGUGUGGGCAUAGCCAAUAACAGACAUCUUACAAUUGGCCGGUAUUGUGUUCUUACAAGAUCCAUGGUCAAAACACCAAACACUAAUAAUUACAGAUUAACUUUUGUACUCUUUGACUUUUUCAACAGACAUGCGCGCCGAGAUAUAAAACCGCACGACCAACAGAUGACGAAAGAUUUAAAAAUAAUCGAUACCUUGGAUUAAAUGGAAGAUGUUUCCAAUUAAGGCAAGAUCUGGAAGGGGUUCAAGGACCAGAGGUCACUCCUUGUGGAGGUAAGCAUUUUUUUGUUAUAAUGAAAAAGCUUAGAAGCAGAAACGCGUUCAUGCAUGAGCACCAACCUAUUAUUUGUCAAAGCGAAGACGGUUUUCUACCAUCUCUAAGCGUUAAUGCUCUCUUGAGGUCUAUAAGGUUGUCAGAGACGGAAUGUACAAGUUAGCUUCACCUUUUACUGAAAGGGUACGCUGGGUGCCCGAGAAUUUUCAUGUGUGAUUUUCGGUUUCGCCGAUGAUCUGCCAGCCUGCAGCUGACACCAAAGCAUCUCGCGAAUCAUAAUAAUAAACAACCACAAUAGUAACAAUAAUAUGAAAUAAUAAUGAUUGUGAUAGCAAAAUAAACUUCCCUUACCUGAGGGUUAACGGCCUUCUUAAUAAUUCUGGUUGUUUAAAAAUUAUAUAAACACUUCGUAUACCAAAUUUAAAUUCUCUUAUUUUACUGAUAAAACUGAACGGUAAUGACUUUUACCUUAGACAGAGUAUAUGGAGACUUUGGAAACUGUCUGAGUGGGAUUAGUGCAGAGUACAGCGCAGACGGAUAUGAUUUACUCUUAGGAUCUGUAGGGAUUCGACACAGACAAGGUAAUUGUUCAGAGAAAUGAUUUACAAGGUUAGAAGUUUUAUUUUCUUAUUCACUUACAGGCAUGGAACUCUCUCAUUGCAAGCUCCAUCACGAGGUCCAAAAACGUAAAAAAAAUGUACACGAAUAGGUAGUGGAGACAAUUUUAGGACAAAAAUUGUAAAAGACAUGAAUAUGAGAAUCAGUAACACAGUAAUACUUGCCUCAAAAGUUGACAAUCUCAAGUCCACCAAGCCCUCGCAGUGGUGGAAUGCUCACCGUCAAACGGAUUGCCGGAAUGGUUCCCUGUGCCAGUUCGGACAGCAUUCUCUCUAGUUUACACCUGGAUGGCGAACUCAGUGAACUUGAAAUCGCCAACAAAAUUAACUUCGCCCUCCUUGCUUCCAUGGAAAUCUUCCAGCCAGUAGAGGCAGUUGCACCUUAUAAGGAUGACCCCUAUGUAUUCACUCUAUCGGAGCCUGCAGUCCUGGCCGCCCUGAAACAACUAAAUCCACGCAAAGCAGCCGGACCCGACUGUGUCCCCAAUUGGCUCCUGCGUGAGUACGCCAAGGUUCUUGCCGAACCAGUAACAGCAAUUCUCAACUCUAGCUAUAAAGAGCAAAGACUACCUUCGCCCUCGAAGCUAGCUGAUGUCUUCCCGCUCCCCAAGCAGAAGCCUGUGGAAGAUCUUAGCAAGCAGCUGCGCCCCAUCUCCCUGACUCCCGCCAUCUCGAAACUAGCGGAAGAUUUUGUUGUAUCGACCCAUGUCGGCUCUGCUGUGCUCAAGAUCAUUGACCAUGAUCAAUACGGCAGAAUUCCUAAAUCCUCCACCCUGUUCGCUCUGAUCUCGAUGUUUCACCACUGGUUACAAGCUACAGACGAUACCAGUGCCGCUGCCAGGCCUUUGACCUUAUCGAUCAUAAGAUACUUGUUGCUAAGAUCAAUGGCCUCGAUAUGCCGCACAGCAUCAAAGCUUGGGUGACUGACUUUUUGACAAAUCGACACCAACGCGUCAAGUUGUCCUCAGACUGCUACUCUGAGUGGAGUCCAGUCCCCGCCGGAGUUCCUCAAGGGACCAUGCUUGGCCCUUGGCUUUUCUUACUCAUGAUCAAUGAUCUCAAGGUUGACGCUCUCACGUGGAAGUAUGUGGACGAUACGACAAUCUCUCAAACCAUACCUCGCGGCUCCCUGGGUGAUGUGCAACACGCUGUUACUGCCGUGUAGGACUGGUCUCGGUCCCAGCGGAAGCAGCUAAAUGCCGACAAGUGCAAGGAGAUGGUUAUCGACAUUAAGAAGAUCUCUCAUAACUUUUCCCCCCUCAAGGUAGACGGAAACGAGCUUCCUGUCACCGACUGUGCGAAGAUACUAUUGUAGGUGUUACGAUAUCCAGUGACUUGAAAUGGAACAAUCACAUUGUAGAUUGCAUUAAGAAAGCAAAUAAGCCCCUGUAUUUCAUUGUUCUCUUGAAAAGGACUCGUGUUCCCCUUAACGACAUUGUGAAUUUCUAUUGUACAACAAUCAGACCUGUACUAGAAUACUGCGCUCCAGUUUUCCAUCACGCAUUCCCGGCUUAUCUUAAUGAGGAUAUAGAAAGAAUUCAUAAAAGAGCGCUUUCCAGAAUUUCACCUGCCAUGUCAUAUAGGGAAUGCCUUGACAGCCUAGGCCUGCCAAUGCUAUAUGAUAGACGCAACGGACUAUGUAGACAAUUGUUCGAUUCUAUUGCUGUCAAUCCCGGACAUAAGUUAUACCACCUGCUGCCACCAAGAAAACAAUCCAGCUAUAAUUUAAGGCGUCAAAAGUUAUAUAAUUUGGCACGUUCCCAUACGGAACGUUUCAGACGCUCUUUUGUUUAUGCUCUGUCCCAGGGUUGCGCAUAAAGCUCUUAAAGUUUCAAAGAAGUCGAUUUUAUUGUAAGAUUUUUAUACAUAUUUUUUAGCUUUACUACACAAGGUAUUUAUAUUCAUAUGAUUGUAAUUAGUUUUAUAUAUUUUAACUAAUGUUAUUUGUAAAAUACGCAAUUCAGUUUUAUGACUGCAAAGUAAUUAUACAAUAAACGAUUUAUCUAUCUAUUAUCUAUCUAUCUAUCCAUUAUUCGAUCUAGCCAGCCUAGUCGGACACACUCUCAAUAGUUUGGGUUGAGAGGGAAGGGUAACGCGGCUUGUCGAUAUCACAAAGUAACAUUCUUAUAGUGAGAUACAAGCAGGUAUCAUUUAACAAGUUCUCUCUUGAAGUGGCCCUCUAAACAUUCGAUGGUCCGGAGAUGGGAUUAUGGGGAGGGACUCAGAGUUCUCGGACUCUGCAGUAAGAACUGUUCUGAAAUACAACUGCAGGGUUGGCCCUCUUUGACAGCUUUCAGUAGAGCGCCUUUCGAGGGGCUUGUGAGCCUAUGUCUGGUGCGUAUUGUAAGGUAAGGUGAAACAAUCUUACUGACUAGGCUUCAUAUUUUCCUUAGGUGGUGUUGCAGCUUAUUCUUUAAACCAGACGAAGACAGUAUUUACCCCGAAAAUUUCAUGGCGAGUAGAGUCCUAUAUGGGUAAGAACAACAAAAUACUAUAUGGAGAUAAUCUAACCACAGCAACGACAAUUUUAGACUGAAAUAAGUGAACGUUUAUCUAGCUAGGAGGUAUAAUAAUAGACUAUACAAUCAAUAUAUAUAUGUACGUAGUACAGUAAAACGUGCUCUUUAUUUCGACCAGGUUAUGCCGUUACAAGCGGACACUUUUUAAGCCCAAGAACUACAGGUAUGGUUUGGAAUGACAAAGGAUUUGAAUUGGGGUAUAUAGACACAGACCUUGCUCCCGGCUUUUACUCUCCCGCGGCGCUUAUCGCUCAUUUACGUCGUAAAGCUUUUGUUAUUCAAUUGAAAAAUUUGAUACAAUCAAGAUAUUUUGCCCUUCUCAGCUCUCUUCCAUAAAUUCGGGUUGAUUUGGUCACAAAUUUUUGUCUCAGCGUCAGCACCGAUGGAAAGAAGCACUGAUUGUCACAUUGUCUGUUUUCUACUUUUUUUUUCUUGGAUAGAAUAUGUCGGUGGUGCUCCCAGAGGCAACGGUUUAUACGGAAAAGUAAGUAAAAGAUAAAUAGUUUUUUUUCUUCCUAGAGACGGUUGAGGUGGGGAUAAAAAUUGUAGAUUAAUUUAGAGAUUGACCGGCAUUGAUUUGUAUGGGUUGCGGUUAUUCUUUCAUAGCUUUUAUUGAUUACAUGUUUAUUUUUACCACAGGUGCUUCUGUACUCAAGGCAAAACGAAAGUAUAAAAGUAACAACUGAAAUCGUCCGGCCUCAAGGAAUCACAGUAAGUAAGACUCAAACCAAAUAUCUUUUCUAAAUUACAAAGAACCUGAGCCUGGUAAGUUGUUCAAAUGUCGGAUGGCGCUAUCCUCAGGAUAAUUCACUAUUCAGUGGACAAGUAUUAGGGAAAACCAAUUGCGUUAUCCACUGGAUAGAGAUUUAUCCAUUAGUUAGCGUUAUUUACCUUUUAGCCUGCGGGGCAGACGGUUUUUUUCUCGUUCGUGUUUCGUAAAGUAAAAGAUCAGCUGCGCGAACACUCACCUGAACCGAAGUCAAACGAGACGGGAGAAUAUGGAGUGUCGUCUUUUUAAUUUCCCUCGCCCCCUCCCCAAUAGUUUUCUAAUUUGACCUCGGAUCAGCUUUUACCCUGCUACAUCUCUUACUUUACAAAACACAAAAGAAAAACACACUAAAAGCCGAAAAUAAAGGCUAUCCACUUUUUGACCGACAGGGGCCAGCUGAAGCGAUCGCGCGAGGGAGUUUGAUCUGAAGUAGUCUUUGGAGUUCGACGAGAUGUCCUGUUUAGUUUACGGAAGGCUUUUCUUACCUGCGCACUCUAUGUCUUUAAGAAGCAGAUUGUUUCUCUUUUUCCAAUACACUAUGUAAACUGUUUUGUCCCUUAGAUUGGAAGCUAUUUUGGAAGCGUUCUUUGUAGUGUCGAUACCAACAAUGAUAUGUAAGUUUUGAGAUUAAUAAGUUAAGCGUCCAUUUUUUGAUCAGCCAGUUAACUAUAAAGUUUUCCCUUCGGCUAACUACAGGACGAUACAAAUAGCGAGUUUUUAUACUAAAAACUUGUAUGAUAAGAUGGCGUGAUUUUGUCACCGAUCAGUAGUUGUAGAAAAUAAAGCAGAACCAAAUAAAAUUCAGACUAUUUUCGAUAACCAACAGAAAACCAUAGGCGAGGGUCAUAUUUUGAAAUUUCUUCCUCUUGAGGAUAAGGACAAUGCGUCAGUUUUUAAAGAACUUGUAUUUUUAUAGAUAUAAUAUGUAAUGUUGUUCUAGCAUCGACUAUUUCACUUUAUUUUUGCGAAAGAAGCCAGUUCUAAACUUCAAUUACCGUACGUUUUAACAGGUAUUCAGAUUUAUUGGUAGGAGCACCACGAGCCCAACAUAGGGACGAAGGACGAGUAUUUGUUUAUGUUAACAACAGAAAGGUACGCUACAAUCGCUUUUCAAAGCGUUUCGAUGUAAAAUCACCAUGAAUUUGUUGUUAUUUGUCGCUAGCCAGUCAGUCAGUCAGCGAGUCCCACAGUCAGUCAGUCCAUGAUCAGCCAGCCAGUCAGUCAGUCAGUUAGUAAGUCAGCUAGGUCCGAUUUCUAAAACUCCACCGAGCUUUUUUCUGACACUUCCACUACCCAGCUAGGAGAAGUACUUUUCAUUGAUGAGCAACCGUAUGUAGAAGUAUUUUGCGGAGAUAGUUUGAGCGCUACUGACCUCAGAUGAAGUUGCAUACAGGUCAACUAAAUUUGCUUUUGUUUUUAGUUCACUAAUAUAUAUCGCGAUCGCCAUUUUAGGGAGCUCUCAAUCUUCAAGACUCUCAAGGCUUAAAAGGAGACAAUAUACCAAAAGCGCAGUUUGGAACGACGAUUGCAAGAGUCGGAGACCUUAACAAAGAUGGUUACCAAGGUAACAUUCAUCUUAAUUCCAUGAUUGUAUGAAGCGCGCUGAUCAUAAGAAUUUUGGUGGUUACAACAUAUGUAAUCGACGAAGACCAGCUUGAAACGUUGUGGAAGUGCUGUAAAAGACAUCACCUAUAUGAUGGGCGCCAAUUUUUAGCCCGCAAGUUUGAGAUUUCAAGACUUUAAUCUUGUCUGCGCACGCAGCUUACAUUGUGAAAGAAACUGAACCGGGUUAUUCAAGUCUUGUGCUUAUUUUCUUACUGGUGAUAGAGGUGAGGCUAUUUAACAAAGACAUCAUUUUUUUAUGGUGGGGAAGGGGGUACAACAAGUCGCCAUUAGUAUUCCAGCCUAUGGAGUGUUGGAUCAUAGUUGUGUACACUAUUGGGUGCAUGGUGACCUUGAAAGAAGUACAUGCAUUCUAUUGGAUAAAUAAUAAUGUUUUAGGGUCAUACGACAUGUAUAAUACCUAGUUUAUGGUAUCGUGAUUUCAAAUCCGCCAGGGCUUUUUUCUUUUCUUGACGAUUACAUAUAUAAAUUUUGUACCAGAUAUUGCUGUUGGAGCUCCCUUUGAAGGCGAAGAUGGUAGUGGUGCUGUUUAUAUUUAUCGUGGUUCCUAUAAUGGAAUCAAUCCUAACUAUAAACAGGUAUGAGAUAAUAGCGUGUGUUACAAUAUAUCAGUAUUUUUCUUUCAAAACGCUUAAAAAUUAAACGAGAAUAGCCUCUAAAUCUUACAACCUACUUAAUUUAGAUUUUCCGGCUGAAUGUCCACAAACAAUGCCUCACAAUGAUAACCAUAAUUUUUUAUACCUUAUUUAAUAUACUUUUAUUGCUUAAGUUUUAGUUGGUUCAUAUGCACGACCCCAUAAGCGGCAACGCCUUAAUCACCAUCGUGUUGAAAUAAAAGUUAUUGUUAGUACUUGUACUUAAAGGAUAUAUAUUUAAAGUAAAUACAUCGCGAGACAGAUAACGCAAUUUGUUACGCUGCUACAUAUAAAUGAAGCUUAAUAACCAAAGUUUUUAACGGUUACAAUUGGCUGAAAAUGUCACGCUUCUUUGUAAAUCAAUCAAAAUUGAAAAGAAAAUAAUCAUUACGCGUUUCUCUGCGCUUAGCACUCGCCAGGAGCGGUUGUGUGGUGUUUUGAUUUUUAAACAAAUUUUAUUGACAACAAUGCUAACUAUUAAAAUCCUAUUUACAAUUAAUUCGAUUGAAAAAAAGAAAAAAACUAUUCAUUCAAAACACUAUUUACAAUUACUGUCGAUUUCAAAAGCACUUAAUUUAGCUUAGAAAGAGUUAAUUUAACUAAGAAAAAUUUAUUCGUGGUGUUUUGAUUGAUUCUUGGUAGUUAAUUACUGGUCAUUUUAAUUACUUUGACUUUUCUUAUUAUACCUUCGACAUUCCAAUAAAAACCUUCGGUAUUCUCCUGUUUUUUAAAAGUCACAAAGUGCAAGCAGGUCCUAAAUGGGGCCUGAUAAAGUAUUUUCGCUCAGCAACGCCUAGUGUUAGCGACGGAGAACAAUGAGAAGAAGCAACGUAAGACGUACAAAAAUGGACUGCCGACACUUGCUUACAAUUAAGUGAUGACCUUAAGUAUGCACGUACACUAUAAAAAUUGUUUUGAUGAUACAUCAAACUCAGUAUCUCAGAAAAGCAAUGAAAGAUCUCUGUUAAGCGUAACAGAGAAUUCUUUGUUGUUUUUUGUUUUAAAGCCUUUUAAAGCCUUCGUGGCUUGGUCUAGAUUGUUAAAGAAUAAAUGAAUUUUACUUUAGAAUGUUCCACAUUGAACACAUAAGAAAUUUUACAGGUGAUACUUAAUCUAACUUAUUUCUUUGUUUUCUCGCAUGCAGAAAAUACAAGGCUCGUCAGUGGAGACUGGUCUAAGGCAGUUUGGUUCUGCUAUAGCGGGAACUGUUGACAUGGAUGAAAAUGGUUACCCGGGUACGUUAUAAAAUGUACUCUUAGGUUCACUAGUUUAUUAGUUCUUACGGUUAAUGUGAAGUAUAACCCUCUCUAAAUAAUAUCUCCACUUCAUCCCACUCCGCGCUGUAUAUCAGUAUGUUGAACAGGAUCGUUUGGGUGAGGGUAAAUUUGAGUGGAGCAGUUGGCGACGUCAUUUUCGAUAAGCUCGUCCGGGAAACUAUCUGAAGACGUCACUAACUAUAAUAAAAAUUUCUGUUUAGGACCACGAGUUAUGACGGAGAUCAUAUUCAACCUACUUUUAAAAAGAUAUUGAGUCCAAAAUAUAAUAUGCUCUGUUGUAUCAACGUGCUGACUUCUCUUCCGCACCUUUUAGUUUUGUAAUAGGCCAUAUUUUAAGCUGUCGUAAUUGUUUAUCAGCAAUUCCACUUGCACCUUAGAGACAAGCAAGAGACCUUAGGUCCAAACCUUCAAGGAACACUCGACUUAUUAAUAUCUGUUAAUCUUUGAUGCGGUGCAAAAUUGCAGUCAAAGUGAAAUAACGACUCUACUCUGUUCGCUUCGAAAACAGAUGUUGCAGUCGGUGCCUACAGAUCAAAUAAAGCCGUGCUCUUUAGGUGGGUAAAGUUGGUCAAAGCUUCUGCAUGUUAACCGGUCACAUGAUGUAUGAGCCUUACGUUUUUCUGCCGAACAUGGAAUAGCUGAGUACCCCUAGUUUGCCCCUAGUUCUCGUUCUUGAAGUUUUUUCUUCUUUCCCGUUUUUCCAAGUGUUGCUUUACGUUGCUUUUUUCACCGCGAUUGUUACAACGUGCAAGUAUUUCUUUAAGUUUUGAUUGGUUCAAAAUGCCGCUACGUACAUCCGGGCUUUUGGGCAUAGUCGCGCGACAUCAAAGUCCCGUGAUUACGGCGGUGGAGGUAACCUAGCUGGAAAAGGCCCACAACGCGUAUAUUCGAAGGGGGAUUACUACUUAAAGCUAGAUAAAAGAGAUAGUAAGCGUACCUGUGACGUUAAUAAAUAACAGAUUAAUGAAGGAAAUAAGAUGUUCUCAGUUUAUACUCAAAGUUAAACGGGUCGUCUAACUGUUGACGGUUUUCAUCAUAUUUUCCGUGUCACGUUUCACUUUAAUAAUCUCACCACUAAGUCCCUUGUUCUUUGAGAACUUCAGUUAUUGACUCAAUCUGUUCAUAUUUACUUUAAAGGACCCGUUCAAUCGUAAACUUGGAGGGAAGAAUCCAUCUGAGCAGAAAACAGAUUGCUAUUGAAAGCAACAACGGAUUGUGCCGCUUACCUGACGGAAAUGACCACAAGUGGUAAGUCCUGAUCAUUUAACACAACCGACUUGAUUUUUAGCAACUUACGUUCCUUCUCUGUUUUUCAGCUUGAACCUAUCAGUUUGCUUUACACUCAAAAACAAAGCGAUACAAUAUGACAGAGGUAAGACAAUUCUGUAUUCUUCUGAUUCUUCAGUCUGUAUCGGGCUGUAUAUUAAUUCAUGCGUGUAUUCAUCUUGAACGUUAUAAAAACUUUGCACAAAGUUAAAUUCACGCGGCCAGUGGUCUGUCUAUCCGUCCCAUGACUCCCCGCGUUUUCUGUUUACCAGAGCAUAGUGGCAUCUGGAUAUGAGGCACAAAGUUUGUUUAUAAAUUGGAACAGAAAAACCGUCUAUUUGUAAGAAAAAAUGUUCAGAAAUUCUGACACGAACAAAAUUUCCUCAAAAUGUUGAGACUGGUUGAAGUUCCUGUCAGUUAAACAGACGCUUUACUUUAUGAACGUUCAGUGCUUAGUGCUAAAACGUUCCUAUUGUAAUCUGUUGUAUCGAUCUGUAGACUUACCGCUUUCGUACACCGUCGAGUUGGAUAAAAAGAAAGCAUAUCUCGAGAGCGAGUCUAAUGCUUUUCGCCGGAUGUUUUUUAUGGACGACUUAACAAAAGAAAGGAUAUUCGUCAUAAGUGGAGUUCAUAAUUUAACAAAACAAAGAGACACCUACUGCUCAAGACCAAGGACUGUUUAUCUGAAGGUAUUUAAAAGUAGUUAGAGAAAGUUAAGACGACUUUUAGCCAGUAGGAAGGCAUUUACUCUUAGCCUAGUAUUUUUAAUUUUUGCCCCUGCUCCCACCCCCUCCCUACUUGUGCGUUUUAGUUCCUUGAUGGGGAGUCUCUGUCGAAGGGUUUACUCUAUGAUAUCAUUAUGUUGCCGGUACUAAUUAUUUGUGCAGCCGGGUAGAUAGACGCAAGGAAGAACACCGCGCUGGAGCGGCUGUUAGAUAUCAGCUAUCUGCUAGUUUUGAACGGACUCAAGAGCCUCUCUUGAAGGACUACAACACCCUCUUGGCUGCCGCGCAGAAAUCGCACAGAAAUCUAACAUUUCAACGGCUUAGGAAAGAAGAAAAUAAGAGUUAACCAUUUUUAAUUUCCCUUUUUAGAAAAAGGAUAAUCUCGCAGAUGUUGCUUCCUCGCUGACCUUUGAUCUGAGAUUUGGAUUAGUCAAAUCUUGUGGAAAUGAUCUGUGUCCUGUUUUAAGUGAUUCAGUUCAAGCACAUCAUACAGAGGAGGUGAGACUACUUCACGAAACAACUUAUCCGUUGAAAGAAUAACAUUAAAGCUAAUUAAAUUGGCCUUCAAAAAUUCAAUGUGAAUCAGUUAGACAUUGAACGAAUGAAAUAAUGCACAAGUCAGUCCGAUCAUUCUGCUGCAUAUACUAAGGAUCAUCGCAACCGUAAGCCAGGAAACUUUUUCUUAUAAUUCAACUGUCUUCUCAAUUAUGAAGGUAGCAAUCAUUGAGCAAUGUCCGAUUACUUGUCAUGAUUCAAGUCGUCCGUUCUUGAAUUCCUAUAUAUAUUCCUAUAUUUAUUGAUGUCAAUAAAGUUAUUGAAGACGAAUUUUUCAAGGCACAAUAAAUUCUUUGCCAACUUAACUGAGGACGCAUUUCUUAUUUAAACAUUAUUGCACUAAACAGAACUAUACCGUAAGUUAUCGAAAUACGACAAGAUACCAACUUAUAGUUCAGAAUGAACCCGGAUUUUUUAUACUGUGACUUGUUCUUUCCAAAUAUCAGUUUUGUUUACCAAACGAUUAGUUGUACUUUUCCUUUCCAACAGUAUUAGGCUAUUAAAAUUGCGUUCUUUUCAGGCCUAAAUUUUAAGCAAAGUUUAACAACUUUAUCAAUGCCUUUUGUUUUCUAUCUCAGUGAUGGACAGAAAUUCCUUGCUUUAUAUAACAAGUACAUGUUUUUUAACGUUGAAUUUUUCGGCAGGUCUUCUUUAUGAAAAAAUGCAAGAACCAACAUGUUUGUGUGCCUGAUCUGGCUGUGAAUGGAAAAGUGAUUUUAGUUGGGUAGGUAGGUCAAAACGAAAUAGCUUGGAAGAAAAUAACAGCCUUUUUAAAGAAAAAGGUCUCUGAGCUACGUAAUUAUGCCAGCGUUUAAUCUUUUUCUCCUUAGCCAAAUGCAUGGUAAAGCAAAGAUAUUUCAUUGUAAUCUGCUUCCAAAGCAGAGUUUUAAUAAAAUUGUUUAAAUUUUGUGGUAUGAAUGUUGUAGUAUCAGGAAAUUUGUUCCCGCUAAGUAUUGAAAUCAAGAGAGGAGAGGUAUGCUCUUCAAAAGAGGAUAUAGCUGCCUCUUUCAAACUCAGAAAUUAAACAUUCAACUGACACCUAAAAAAUCAUCGCUGGACCGACUAAUAUAUUCUUCUCAUCUCCACUGUGUUAUCAAAACAUUACUUUACUCUCCUGUUAACCCUGAGUAAAAAGAGAGUUGCAAACAGCUAGCUGCAUCGUGACCGUUUAAAAAGUUGUGACCCAAAUUUUAGCAAACCCCGUGAACCGCACUGUAACUAAUUAGGAGAAAAUCGUAAACAAAGUAAACACUGGUAUAUCAAACACACUUAUUCUAUCUGCUUUUUUUUCAAUUUUGUAACAGAUACGACGGAAAUCACACUUUUGACCAGAAUCUGCGCAUCGGUCUGGUGAGAGACCUCAUUUUGCAGGUUACGGUAACGAACAAGGCGAACGACCAUGCGUACUAUCCCAAACUUCUGGUCAAAUACCCGAGAUCGUUAAGCUAUCUACGAACUGGCGAUGUAAGUAGGCACAAAGAUAACAGAUGUUUAUUUCAUCGUGAAGUGCGAAAACGCUCAGAAGUUUCGAAAUUCAUUUCUAUUGUAUUCAUUAAUUAACCUAGUUGAGUUCAUGACAAGUUCGACGUCUGGCUCAGUUAACUUCUUCUGAAUGAGUUUGGAUCGUCCAACCAGUUCUCUCCGUCUGCUUCAGAAGAAGAACAUCUCCGGGAAUGUCGAUCUUUACAUGCGACAAACUAAAGUAAUAAAAUAUAAACAUUUGUAUGAUAGUGAGUAUUUAGCCUUCUUCGGGAGAACAUUCAUUAAAACUGCUUUUUGGUCUGAUUCACGCGUCCUAAGUUGAACGUCUGACCGAACAGACGAUCUUAACUUAAUUUAAGUCAACCCAAAUUAGAGUUUGGUUCGUCUCAUGAAAAGUUCGACGUUUGGCCUAGGCAUCACCUUACCUUUUCUUUUCAUCCAACAGUGCAAAGAUGACCGUCACUCAGGGAACAAUACUGAGUCCCAUUUUUCUAUCACCUGUGAUGUAGAGCCAGAAAUAGCGCUUCCUGGACUCAGCAAAGUAAGUACUCUAUAUCUUUUUCUUCAAAAUCCCGGCCAACAUUCAAAAUUUAACCAUAGGGGAACGUUUUCUCAAAGUCAGGUCUCAACUGAAGCAGAGGUGGAAUGGGAUGUAAGCUUCUAAAUCUCUUCAAAUAAGAGUGUUUUGUGAGUUUCUCACUGAUUUGCUAAUGCUUCGGAAUUUUAAUUAUCGCAAGUUAGUUACCAUGAAAACCGAUAUUGGGUGUUCAAUGUGACUGGUAAGCCAGGGUUAGAGCAAACCGGGUUUGGUAAAUCUCGACCCAGCUAAACUACUUUCUCUACAUUGCUCGCACGAUUCUGCUUAUUAUUUUGGUAACGUUACUUGAUUUGAUUCGCUUUUCAGCAUCAAUUUGAUCUCAAGUUUUCAGCGGAAUCCGUGGAACGGGAUUUCACCAUUUUUGUCAAGACAGAAAGGUAAGAAAUAAGCUGAAAUACUUGGUGUGAUCAUUUUAGAUUAUGGUUUCAUUGAAAACGUGCAAACGAACUAAGAAAAGCAAAUUAGCUCUUGCUAAGAUGACUUUUUAGGUGAAAUAAAUGAAAUUGUUUGCUGUAGUGAUUGGCUUAAUUAGAUCUUAAUGGAAAGAAAAUUCAUAUAUUCAUCUUUUUAACGUGCUUGCGCGAGGGGGCCUUUUGAGAAGGUGUGUUUAAAAGACCAACUUGAUUUAAAGAUUUAAAGGUAGCUCAUUUUAAAUUGCCAUUUAAAUGUAAUGAAUCACUAUUCUUGGUCUUUCAGUCAAGACUUCGACGCAAACGAAAGGGACAACAGCAAAGAAUUCUUUGUUGCUGUGAAGUAUGAAGCAGAUUUGGAGGUUAGAGGGUACGUAUGUGACUGAAUUCUCAGCUUAAAACCAAAGUGACUGAAAAAUGUUAGUAAUAAUCAGUAAGGAGCGACCUAUACCAUUCGAUGGGAAUUUAAUCAAAUAAUUAAUCAAGAUUAUCUUCCUGAAAAAAAAUCUCUGGCCACAAUGAGCUCUAAUUGAUACCUGGCUGGAUUACGUUCUCUUCCCUAGUACAUAUAUCUAUGUUCUUUAUUCUUCAAAACAGUAUACUUUGUGAUUCACCCUCAAAAUUCCGUACAUCCACAGUUAUUCAAAGCCAGAUCAGGUCAUUUAUUCUGGAACCGUGGUAGAGAAUAAGAAAGUUGAGGAACUUCACGAAGAGGAGAUUGGACCCGAGGUUAUUCAAACUAUUACGGUAGGCAAUCAUACAUGCAGGCUUAGAUAAAUCCUUUUGAUCGACAAAACCUCAUUGCUUAAUUGUCAAAGAAAGGACAAAAAACACCUACAUUUAUCCACCUAGCUGUUCCAGCUUACCGCGGCUACCUAAAGCUAGAGAUCGGUAUUUUUUUUGUCUUCGGUUGAGCGACUUUAGUCAAGAAUUUUUAUGAUAUUAACGCAAGACCUGUUACGCCUCAAUAAGUGAGUUUGGGGAGCGGAGUGGAUUUUUAAAGGAGUGGGGGUGGGCUGUUUGAAAGAGAAACUUUUCAUUCAACAUAAAAAAAAUAUAUAUUUGUUUACAAAGCUUGUGCUAAACUAUCGACCUAGAAGAAAAAAAAACAAAGAACAAAACAAAACAAAAAGAGUAGUUCUUGUCAUUAAAGACGGCUUUUCGGUAUAUGACCCAUUGAAAUGUUUAAACUCUCAGACAGUUCACAGUGUUUCACCUAUUUUUCCACGUUAUUUUUUAGGGCGAUCUCUGAUUUGGAGAGGCCGCUAUCUGAAUCUCCUCAGUAUGUUGAGCGAAAACUGGGUAUACUGGGUAGGCCGGCGGACGGGGAUGGGAGGUGAUUUUAUCCCCAUUCCCUGUAACCACGGGCAAUUUGCAGUUACACGAAAUUAUAGGUGAAUGUAAACAGUCUGCUUCCUUUAAUCUUGGUAACUAUGGUGACAUAAGCAUGCUUAAUCACGGCCUGCCAGAUGUCGCCAUGCAAUAUAACAUACAUACAUACAUACUUUAUUGGCUCGUCCCCACGGGGCUUUUCAGAGUCAAUUUUACAUUACAAAAUUAUAAACCAAGUACAUGACAAUAAGAAUAUAACAAUGAUAAAAGAAGACAAAGGUCAAUAAAACUAAUUAAAUUAAUUAAAUAAAGCAGUCAUUAAGAAGCUUUUGCCUGAGUAAACACUUGAAUUCCGUCACGGAUGGGCUAAGUUUGAGCGCAGGCUGCAACUCAUUCCAGAGAGAGGUUGCUCUAUAUUGAAAGGUCCUUUGGCCGCUGGCAGUGCGGAAGAGUGGUAUGUUCAAAAGUUGAGAAUUUCUCGUAUUCCUUGUCGAGACGGCGGAUCUUCCAACGAGCUUUGAUGUCAAAUACUCCGGAGCACAACUCGUCAUGCACUUAAAAACCAGAACAGCAAAACUAAAAUAAAGUUGUUGCCUGAUUGGUAGCCAGCGCAAGUCUUUUAGCAAAGGAGUUAUGUGAUCGAAUUUUUUAGCGCCGCUCAAAAUACGACAAGCGAAAUUCUGUACUGCUUGGAGCUUGUCCAGAUUAGUUUGAGUAGUAUUGCUCCAAACAGAAGAGCAAUAGAAUAAUUUACUAAAUACUAAGGCAUUUAUAAUAAUAAUUAGCGCGUGUUUAUUAAAAAUUUGCUUAACGCGGUUAAUUUGGCCCAAACGUGACAUGCAUGAGGAUACAGUAGAAACAAUAUGCUCAUUAUAUGUUAAGUUAGAGUCCAGUGUGACACCAAGGUCUCUUGCAGCCUUAACGGGCUCGAGUUCCUUCCCCAAUAGAAAUAGCCUAAAGUCGCUAACCUUAGCAGUCAUUUGCCGGCUGCCGAAUAUCACUAGUUUUGUUUUAUCUGGGUUGAGUAAAAGCUGAUUAUCAAAGCACCAAUUCCUAAUGCUUAACAAGUCCUUGUUCAUUUUUUCUAUCGUUUCGUGCUGAUCGCGGAGUUGAAAUGACAUGAGAAGUUUGGUAUCGUCGACGUAACACUGCGAUGUACAAUUUUCUGGCACAGAAGGGAGAUCAUUAACGUAGGUGUUAAAGAGUAAUGGGCCAAGGAUGCUCCCUUGUGGAACGCCAGAGCUAACACUGACACCGUGUGCUUAACUUGUCACAGGUCAGGAAUUUUGGACCCAGCGUUGUAGACGAAUCAAAGGUGACGAUUACUGUUCCUAAACUGUUGAGGAAAAGCGAUCCCGAGAGCUACCUUAUUUAUCUUUUACAAGUUGAGGUAAGAAAUUUCUUAAAAUUUGUUGGAGGAAAAAUAUCACAGGAGAGGGUGUUCGGCGUGGCUGUCACGUGGGGGGGAUUGCUGUAGGUUAGCUUCAGAGUUAAUUAAAAAGUGAAGGGUAGAAUGUUAUGGGAUUGACAGUUUUGCUUCCAAGCAUCCUUAGAAUUCGUAAUGAAAGUUACCAUUCUUUUAGGUUAUUGGACCUGGAAGCUGUGAUGUUCUGGUGAAUCCUCGUAAUAUUAAGGUAAGCUGCGAAAUAUCUCCAAUGACUUUUGAUAUCGAUAUAAUUUUUUCUAAUACGGCUUUUUCCUCUUAAAGUUAUAGAAAAUUGUGUUGUUAUAACUGAUAAUAAGUGUUAAUUUGGUGUAUAUUUAUCUAAGUUGCGAUUUUAUAGAUCGAAUUAGAAGAAAUGUAGCUGCCAGAGAUGUUUUUAAGGUUCUUCUAACAAUAUCUGUGUUAUUCAUUUUUCAUUUCACAGCCAGCUAAAGUCAAUCAUUCGAUAAGUAUUGGUAGUGUCAACAGAGACAAACGUGAUGUAAUCUCACUGGUGAGUUAGAAAGCUCAUACUACGCAUGUCACGUCACGUUACCUUUCAACCUGUGCAGGUCCCUCCACGCCAUUCUAGCCAUCGGCUGAUUUUGUACCGAAUUAUUUGAAGAAUAUUUCCCUUCUACAAAUACAUUCCUAAUAUCAAGAAUUAUAUUGUCAGAGUUAUAAAUAUUAGCUAACCUGAAGCUUAUUAUUUCCAAGCGCGUUCAUAAUUCUCUUCGUUUUAUAUAGGAUGUUUUAUGCACUGCAAUCUCUCUCUUUUAACAGAACUGCAGUCAAGCCGUGUGCCAAUCUUUCCAGUGUAGCCUGGGUCGAAUGAGGCAAAGUGACAAAGUGGAAAUUAAACUGACGUCACGAUUGUGGAAGAACACUUUUCUAAAGGUAGAGUGUUUGAUGGGAAGAAUACUGCAGAUUUUGAGGGGUGUUGUUUAAUGAGGCCGAAGGCUUUAAAACGCAGUUGACAUCUUUCAGAGGCAUUCUGAGAAUUUCUGCCGUUACUGUUUUUCUGUCAGUAAUUUGGUUUACAUUUCCUCUUUGUUAAGCGUCUUCCAGCCGGCGUCUCGUGCUCUCUAGCUACCACUGCAUGACUUAAGGUAUAAAACCCCCUUUUGGUGACCUCAUUCGUCCAAUACUUUUAUUUAGACCUUUGAAAUCAUCCUUUCCAUAAUAAAAAAUAUAUUGGACGAAUGAUGUAAAACUUCUAUAUUUGGUCAUCGAAGUAACACCUAAUAACCUGCUGAUUUAAGCCAAUCAGAAAUGUAGAAGCAUUUGAAUGAAUUAUUAACAAAACUAAUGUUGCAGCUUUUUUUUGCACCCUUUUUGUCAAUUAACAGUUAGAUGAACCUUUGGUUGUUGAGUUAGAGACACUUGCACAAGUUCAUCCUCCUACUAAAGUUAUGCAAAGAAAUGAGGAAAACGAUAUUGCUACGGUAAGAUGUUUCUGUUUCUUUGUGAAAGAGCAAACGCAUGCAUUUUACAAAUUGAACUUGUAUUUCUACUCUAAUUACUACAUAUUGCAUUUGUCAGAUGGUUUGCAUUUCAUGCAUCAUAUCAACUUUUCAUCCAUUAUUUCUUUUUCAUUCUUUUAUACUGCGAAGCUUGCAAUUGUAAACCGUGAAGCAAAGCACACCCUUUCUUCCUUUCGUUUCUAUAUUUUUCUUUCAAGUUAGCUGAAUUCUAUUUUUUUUCCCGCAGAUUGUUUUGACAGCCAAGCCUGAGCGGAGGGGUAACAGAGGCAAAUCAAUCCCUUGGUGGAUGUAUUUGUUAUCGGCCCUCGGUGGAAUCCUCUUACUUACUGGGGUCAUUUUUCUUCUGUACAAGGUUUGUAAAUAAAUACAUUGGCCAGUUCACUUUUCUCAGGGGCUGACAUAGACUUGCUACAAAUUGACCUCUUGGCGAGCGGAGCGAGCCUUUUUUGGCCGCAAAGUGGCCGACAGAGUUUUACUUUAGUUCGCGUUUUGUAAUUAUUCAAUUGAGUUAUGCAGAAACUAUGCCCCGAAUAUAUGAAAAAACUUGUUCCGUGUAAAAAAAAGGCGGGUCGCUCGCCUACUCAAGCUACCCGGGGUGAAUCAACUUUUCCUACAUUUCCAAAAAGACUUGGCUAACCGUCGUUUUUGAGAAACAAAAAGUUGGCUUGGGUACAUAGACAAAGUAUACUUGUUUGACGUAAGUUAAAUUACUUUUGGAUGAGGCGCUUCGCGAUGUUCGACUAGUAAGCAUCAACAAAGAGAUUAAACAAGGGUUCAGAAGACCAUCCUUCCAGCAGAGCCUUUCUUUCGCUUGAUCGAUUUUUUAAGGAGGCUCUGCUCGCAGCCGGGAUGUCAGUAGCCGUGCUCGUAUAGCGAAGUAAUUGACGGUAAAACGAAAUAAAUCAAUAAAUAAAUAAAUAAAUAUGCUUUCGGCAAAUAUAUCACCACAGUUUAUAAAUAACAGACUAUCUGGUCCAUCCAUUGAUACGUCGUCUAGGCCGUUAGGAGUUUCAUUUUUGUUCUUUUUUUUUUAAGCUCAACUUUGAAGUCAUACUCUGAUGUCAGAAUCCUUGCUGUAAAAAUGACUUUAAACAAGAUGCAAUCAAUACGUAAACUCUUAAUAGUUAAACAAGGAACUGACUAUAUUGAUAAUCGAUUUUUCUGUUUCAUUAUUUCCAAGUAUUUUUGAACGAUUGCCAUGCGGCGCGUUUAUUAAAGAAGGGCAUCCUAUUCAGGCUACAAACCUAAAAUCUAGUGGGGCGUUCAUUAGACAAGAUGCGUUUAUUUGAGAGAGGGUGUCUAUUAGAUCAUUUACGGCAAGUGAGCUACAGAUCUUUUUGAAAGGUAUUAAUGUAGGUGGAAUAUGUGAAAUGAAAUCAAUUUCUUGUUGGUUGAUAUUACUUACCAUAACUGUAUUUUGAAAUUAAGUCUGUUUUUUGUUGUAGCUUGGAUUCUUUAAAAGGCGAAAGGAUUCAUUACAAAUCAGCGACGAUGAAAUUGCUCCCAUGAACAAAAUG